GAUACAUCAUCAUGCGCCACUAGAUCCAAUUGAAAUUUUCUACCCGUUUAGAACAACUCGCGGGGAAAACGUGAGUGCCAGGACGAGCGAACCCGAGGAGGCUGGCAAGGUUUUGUUCGCGAGGCAUGAUGGUGCAAGGUUCAAACUUCAAACUUACGGUUUUGAAAGGAUGGUGGAAGGAUGAGAUCUGUCCAUGAUGACUCAAGUACCGACUCAUUCGCCGAGGGCUUCAUUCUGUAUGCAGUACAUGGAUUAGAAAUGUGCCUCAUUCAUCAUGACCUCACAGUACAGGAUGCAUUCCCACCAUCAAUCCAUCGAAGAGCAAAUGACAAUGCCGCCUUAUCGCAUUCUGGAUCAUAUAUAACAGAAUGGCAAAUCCACAUCACUGCCAACAGAGUUAACACAGCCCACGAUGUCUUCCUCGAUGCAGGAUCUCCUCUCACAAGUUGAUAUCGGAAACACGUUUGGGGCAUUUUUUAUUGGGGCCGCCCUUGCAGCGAUCUUCUUUGGUCUAACCAACGUUCAAGCUUUUAUCUACCUUCAAACGCAUAGGGGGACAGAUAUAACACCGUAUAAGCUGGUCGUGUUCUGGCUUUGGAUACUUGAUGCUCUACACCUGGCAUUACUUGUCCAUUGCACCUACCAUUAUCUAGUGACCAACUACGACAACUUCGGUGCGCUCACGGAAAUUGUGUGGAGUUUCAAACUUCAAGUGUUGGUCAAUGUUCUCAUCAUUCCGAUAGUACAUCUUUCGUACGUUCAUCGCAUAUGGAUAUUGAGCAAGGGCCGAACAAGAGUACUCCCGGCUAUAGCAUUCGGCAUACUUGUGGUCCUAUGUUCAGGUGUCGCUAUUCCUGUUGUCUGGGCCAUGUAUAAGUGUCAUUCGUUCGGGGAUUUGAUUAGAAUCGAGUUCUGGACAUAUGGGGUUGUGGGCUCGGCUGCCUUUGUGGAUAUCGUUAUUGCAUCAUCACUAUGUUAUCUCCUCGUUACUUCUCGUACUGGAUUUUCAAGUACCGAUUCAUUCUUAGCGAAGCUUGUGGGUUAUACCAUCAGUACAGGCUCUCUAACGAGCGUAUGUUUAAUUAUGGUUAUCAUUACAUGUGCAGUGCUACCAAAGACCUUUAUCUUUCUCGCCGUUGAUUUUCUAGCGGCUAAAUGUAUGAACAGUGUAUCCUCCGAGGAUCGUGCUAAUGAGGGGUACCGUUUCAAGUAUAUGUGAACUCCUUCUUCGCACUCCUGAACGCCCGAUACUAUGUGCAGGACAACGUAGAUGUUGUCGAUUCUUCUGAGUUCCAUAUGCGCCAUGGCACCUAUCGCCCGGAGCUGCGCAUUGGCAGUUCGCAAGACCUGGAACUACAGGCAUCCCGGAAGGACUUCAACGAUGACGUGCUGCAUAUCACACACCCUAUUCAGGAUGUCGCGGUUAGUAGUUGGGGUAUUGUUGAUGGAAGAGGGUUAAAUGACAUGCUUAAAUCACAGGCACCAGCAGCAUCGUCGAUGGAGAUGCAGUCUUUCUCGC